AUGAACAGUCAUUUAUCUGGGACGACUUCUCCGGAGAGAUAUGCUCCUCAUUUGUCCGAGUUUUACUCUAUUGUUAAUAACACAAGUCCGCAAAGUGUAGACGCGAUGGAGACUUCUAGCACCACUGGUACUCACUUGAAUGCGUCUACUUUCAAACGUCGGAUGACUCCCGCCAGUGUGCGAUCUGGGAUGAGCUCUAUUAGUGAUUUGAGGACCUUGGUUACCAAGAGAGACAUGAAAAAUACCGUCGACGCCAUGACGAAUCUCCGAAAUAGCUCGCAGGGAUAUGCUAAAAGUUUGAGGGAAGUAUCCAACCAUGCUGGAAGUAUGGCCCAUUCGCUUGAGCAACUGGCAAGACUCAAGGGAUGCGCAGAUAGUACUGCUGAGAGAUUCUUGAGUGCUAGUGGACUUUUCUACCUCUUGGCCAACCAUGAAAAUAUCAUGUCGCAAUGCUUGCAAGCUGCUUUGAGCGAUGGAUUGUUGGAAGAGAUUGAUGAGUUCGAGGUCAAAUUUAGGACCAUGGAAAACGAAUUUAAGAAACAGUGCAAAGAACAAAGUAUGAAGUUAAAACUGCAGGAAAAGCAUAAUACAAACCUAUCAAAAAGGAAGGUGAGGAAUCUCAUGUUAUACAAGGAGAGCCUUUUGAAUUUACAAUCGCAGUUGGAUCAUCUAGAGGCCUUAAGGCACGAUUUUUAUCAGGAUUCGUAUAAUUUGGUGGAAUCGACUUGUGAUCACGUACUGGAUAACGUGGCUACCGUUUCGAGGGCCCAGGUAGAGAUUUCUGAGAGUAUUGCACGGAAAGGCUGGUCAGGUGGCGGGCUAGAUGAGCUACUUAUGGACGCUGAGGAUCCGUUCGCGAAGGAGGAAGAUUCUACUCGCAGUGACGACGAGAUACAACCUCAAAUAACUGUUACACAGGACAAAGAUAACGACCGAAAUAGUGAUGAUGAACCUAAAACUCCAAGAAAAAUUACAUCCUCAACAAGGAUAAAGUCACCUCUGGCGCAGUCACCCCAAAAUAACCUUGACCGCGAUGAAGAUCAAAGCGAUUUGGAUCAGGAGGAAGAUGAAGCUGGAUUCGAUAAUUCCUUCUCGUUGCCCCUGGCGGGCAGCGCAAGAAGCCGAAAUGGCGAUAAAGAGAGUUUAAAGGAUCAAAAUGUAUUAGAAGGUGUAUCGAUGUUGAGCCUAAGCGAAGUUCGGCAAGGACCAGCCAUUAACGCAAACACAAAUCAUGAUGAAACGAUUGAGUGA